ACUAUCCAAACAGCAGCCAAACAACAAAAUCAGUUCCGACCACUAACAAAUAAAUCCCUCGACUUUGACUCAUUCGCAUUCCGGUUGACUGUCGCGAUUGCAGCAUGUCUGAGAAGCCGACUGUUUUGAUUUUGGGUGGCUGCGGCUUCAUCGGACGCAACUUGGCCACUUAUCUGGUGGACAAUGAACUGGCGCAGGAAAUACGGCUCGCUGAUAAAACCCCUCCCCAAAUGGCCUGGUUGAACAAGGAGCAGACGAGGGUCUUCGAGAGCGAUCGGGUGGAGUUCUGCAGCGCGAACCUCAUAAAUGCCGCCUCUUGCAAGGCGGCCUUUGCGCCACACCCCACGACCGGAAGGGCCUGGGACAUCGUCAUUAAUUGUGCGGCCGAGACGCGUGCCAACCAGGAUGACGCCGUCUACAAGGAGGGUAUCCUAAAGCUCAGCCUGAACUGCGCCAAUGAGGCAGCUGCCCAGCGGGUCAAGCGCUAUGUUGAACUCAGUUCCGGAUGUGUAAACAGCAGCGAGAAGACCCCGUUAAAAGAAGACUGUAAGCUGGAUCCCUGGACGGGUGUGGCCCGGCAAAAACUGAAGGUCGAGAAGGAGCUGGCCAACAUUGACGAUCUCAGUUAUACAAUCGUACGAUUGCCCGUGGUCUAUGGCAUUGGCGAUAAGCGCUAUUUGAUGCCGCGCAUUAUAAUCGCUGCCAUUUACAAAUACCUCAACGAGACAAUGAAGCUUCUGUGGAACGAUGCCAUGCGUUUGAAUACGGUGCACGUAGCCGAUGUGUGCGCAGCCAUUUGGCAAUUGGCUCUGAGUCCCAAGACCGCUGGCCAAAUCUACAAUAUCGCCGAUGACGCUGAGAUUUCAACGCAGGGCAGCAUUAGCAACCUGUUGGCAGAUAUCUUCGACAUUAAUGUGGACUUCUUUGGACUCGUCAUGUCGAACUUGGCAAAGCUUUAUCCCACGGACACCGUUGGUGAAAUCAACGACAAGCACAUGGCACCCUGGGCCGAGAUUUGCCAGCGCAACGGCAUCGACAACACCCCACUGACACCCUACCUCGACGAGGAACAGCUGCAGCACAAGCACCUCUACUUGGACAACACGAAACUGAAAGACUUUGGCUACGUGCUGCAGCAUCCGAAGCUCACUCGCGAGCUGCUCAUGGAGAUGAUCGACGACUAUGUGAAGCAGCAUCUGUUUCCCAAAUCUUUGGUUCUUUGAUUCGCAAACUCAAAGGAAAGAUUGCACCACGUUGACAUGCACUCGGUUCGGAGACAUUUAUAACUUUUAGUCAGUAAGCCAAGAGUUUUAUUAUUGAAAUUCGGAAUAGUCUUGUAGCGAUUAUUACUCCUCUUCCAAUUUGUAUACGGACACAGAUACUCUUAUACGCUGUAUCUCAGUUUUUAUCCACAAAAGUGUACUUAUAGUAUUAUAGAACCCCUUUAUAUUUUUGAUACAUUCCAAUCGAUCCAACGAUGCAUACGUUUUUACGUAUUAGUAAUUAUAUCAUUGAGAACAACAACUGUAUUCCAUUGUGAUCAGCUAAGUGGCCAACUCAAGUUGACAAUUAAAAUGCACUUGUUUAGAAUUUA